AUUCUUAGCUGAAGGCUCCUCGUGAACAGUCGUCGAGACUGCAGUCGAUAAUAACCACCGAUCGAGUCCCCCUACCUGCAUUCUUCUCUCACUAUCAGUUCUUUACUCAGGGAGGAACGUUUCGCUGGGAUUAAUCCGCGCAUAAGGACGAUAGUUUUGGCCUUAACUUUCGUCAGGAGGUGCGUGACCAGCGGACGACACCAAACGUCAAAAUCCUUGGUCGACGGGAAACGUGACUUUCCCUUUUAGAGAGAUCCUGGGCUCCUCGUACCACCGUUUCGAUUUACAAUUAUUCCCAGGCAGUAAAGCUUCUCUUUGAGGUUUUCAUAUUCUAGCACUUGGAGGCCUUUGGAUACCGAUUUAUUCGACGGUAUAAUAUCCGACGAGAGAUGCGCUGCCAUUAGGAAUCGAGAAAAGAAAUAUAAAGGGGUGCCAACAACUGCUAAGAAGUUUCUAAGGGAUAUCCACGCUGAGUCUCUACAGAGAGAUGCCAGCACCGCCACCGUCGAUCCCCACCUUACCCGAAACACCUACUUGUGAAAAAACAGAACCCAACGAUAACGACGCACUUCCUCCUUGGGCCAAGAUUACCCUUACAUCGGCAGAAGCUGAGAUAGAAAAAUUAAUUUCGAGAAAUGAACUCAAAGAUGCAGAAGUUACGUACUUCUGCCAGGUGGAACCGAUUCUCCAAGAUGGGCCACAAUGCGGACUUGUGGCACUUGCAAUGGCAUCGCAAGAAUAUACAAAGCCAGUUUCUGUGAGCCAGCUUUUGGCAGAAGCUCGAGUGAGAGGAUUUACGCAGCACGGUGAAGUGUACAGUGUCGAUUUUAUGGGGACACUUGCAGCGGAAUAUUUACCAGAUCACAGACCUGAUAUUUUAGUUGAUUUACAAACGUGUCCAGACUCAUUGACUCAUGCUUUGGCUCAUGGUGCAAUGGUGCUUAUUCCAUAUGAUUCAGAUUUUAAUCACGCGCCUUGCCUAAAACGUGGUCACAAAGCACAUUGGGCUCUUCUUGUGGGCUUAAUUUCCUCCAGGCAAGGAUAUCAUGUUCUAGCCCGUCAUGGCAAGUCUCGCCAUUUAGCUUGCUGGCCCCUACGUGAUCUCAUAGAGAGUAACGGCAACAUGGAAGAAGAAGGAACUGCUAGACACGCUGGUGGUUACGUUAUACCAAAGGGAGGUGUCGGAGGCCAAAGAGGAUUACGUGGUAGGGCUCUCGCUUUACAUCCAUACAUUUAAAAUUUAUAUGUAUAAAUAUAUAUAUAUAUAUUAUAGAUAAUAAAUAUCACAGUGAAAGGGUGAACUCGCGCAUAACGGUCUUACUUGUGAAUAGUUACAGCGACGCAGCAGUCACAUUUGUUAAUAUUGUCUUUUUUCAUUAUGUUUCUUGGUGGAAAGAAAUCAGAUAUACAAAUUAUCUUUUGUAUAUAAUAAUUUAAUUUUAGAAAAGCAGUGCAAUAUACUGUCGAUAAGGUAUGCACUGUAUUCGUAUACUUAGUAGUCUUGCGAAUAAUGUUAUACGAAGGAGGGCUCUUUUUAAUGUACAUUUUAGUUUGAUUUCAUACUCUCGCUGUGAUAUGAGAAAUAAAAUAUCGUGAAUAUACCAUGUAUAUGGCCGUUUAGCCGUAUAAAUUCGGUCAUAUAUAUGGAGAUAUACACAGGCUCGCGCGUGGGUGAUUACACGAGAUAAGAGCGCACGAGUACGCAUGCGUUCACUCCCGCGUCGACACACGUACGACAUUUAAAUGUCUAGUUAGGAUUUAUCGAAAUUACGAUCAUUAGUGGAAUUAAAAGGAAACUUGUGUAUAUUUAUUUUUUAAAAGGCGAUAGACUUUCAAUCCCAAUAUCCUUAUUUUUCCGCUGGCGUUACAUAUCGCGUGCUGACUUAAAAGUGACUCGAUUUAGUGAGAUGCAUGAAACGGAAUAACGUUUACGUGUGUUAUCGGCUUUAACCGUGUUGCUUUCAAAACGGGUUGACAUUAUAAAUUGCGAUCGAUCAUCGACUUUCUUUCUACAAGGAUUUAAUAAAGAAACUAACUAUUUAUACUUUUUCUAUCCUCGAUACCGUAAACUCACCGCACAGAUGAUAGUUUCUUUUCCUCUCUUGGUAUAAAGCUGCAAUAUGUAUACUUCCAACAUUUUAGUUUUGAAGGCAAUGCGCUUAUAUAUUUAAAAGAGUAUAUAGGAAAUACUUGUUUAUAAUCUUGUUUGAAGUCUAUUCACUGUAUAGUUGGGAAGAAUACCGUAACAUAAUCCUGUAGAACGUAAAGGACUAUGGAAGGUAGACGUCGCGCAAUUCUGUGCAUAAAAUUACCAAAUCUCUCAUUGUACAGCUGCAGUAAAUCAAAGAGGUGUCAUCAGUUUGUAGAUGCAAGAAGUGGCUUUAACCAAAUAAACAGAAAAUAAUGAGAAAUGUUUAAAUGGACUGUACCUAAGUGCCGGCAAUUAUGACGCGUUUGAUUAAUCGCAAAAUUCAAUACAGCUACAACAAUCUUACAAAUAUGCUUUCAUCUUUUACAUCUCACUGCUUCGUUGUUACCGGUUACAACUCGACUAAGAAUCACUGUAACAUUUAUUUGUUUAAAAAUUCUCGUAAUAACUUCAGUUGGCAUCCAACCCUCUAGACUGAACAAUUUAUACUUAACAACUGCAAAGUACAACAAUAAAUGUUGUCUUCCUUUACCGAUGUAAAUUGUUAAGCUUGCAUGAAUUAGCAAAAUAUUGUAACAUGAAGCUUCAUUAUAAAUGGCAUAAUACUUAACAAUUCUCACGGCGUCGCGUACUUUGCAAUAAAUAAUUCAUCGCAUGAAAUGUUCGCUUACGCAUGGUGAAAUCAUUAAUACUCGUUUAAUUAAAAUUCUGUCGUAAAGUACAAAAGUGUAUAAAGUUAUAAUUUUGUAAAAAUUCAAACUAAGAAUAAUUACUAUCACGCUUCGUAACAGGAUAGAUCAAACGGAACGAUCAAAUGAUAUUCUUGUACGUAAGGAGUGCCAAUUCGAGUGUCAAGUGUCAUUGCGCUUCUUACAGUAAAAUCAUUCUCCUAUCAACAUUAAACUGACUCGCGUCAAUCGAUACGAAUGACCAACUGAACAAUUAAUAGAAUGCGUCAUUUUCGAUUAAUGCAUGUAUAAACAAUGUGCUGGGCAUACUCGGUGUCGGGAUGCAACAGAAUACUAAAAAAUACGUUACACUUAUAUUUGAAGCUUACAAACAACAACAACAUAUUCAGUUACUCUAUCCUUAAUUAAUUUCCUUAACACCGCUUGGCUCGCAAUCGUUCGAUUACUAAUUUUGUUGCUCUCUUUAAUUAUUACUCCACUGCCUCUGCUUGUGUCCCGAGCUGAGUAUUAAGUAAAAAAUGCAGUUUUUCCUAUUAACAAUUAUUAUUAAGGGAUAAAUAUGCUCCGAAAGGGAGCGUUUCGGCAAAGAGUACGUCUCUUCAUAAUUAUUACGUAUUAAUUCUUUGUCAUUAAUUAAGGAGAAGCGCGAGAAUAAGAAAUGAUGGUGCUUAAUGUAAGUCUCUCGAUUAUUCAUAUAAAGGAACGAACACCAGAGCUCAGGACACAAGAGAUUCUAUCCUACGGAAUAGCAACAAUAUUAUACGUAUUCGAGAUAUUAUAUUUAAAAUUAUGUAUCACAUAUAGGUAUUUAUAUAUAUAUAUAUAUAUAAUAUUUAUUCCAUCAACGAUUGGGGAGUUGAAUUAAAAUAGGCUCUCGAUGCCGAAAUCUUGGAUAAAUUAUGUCAGAAUACGUAGUUAUACAUGGUAUUACAGUAACAUAUUUAUAUAUCGCUCGAGUUCGUUUUUCUAUUAAUAACUGGAAUUAUUGUACGUCCUUCGAGCGAUCGGAGAAACUUUUGAAAAGUAUAUUUUUUAUGAAUUGUCAACCGAUGAUACAUAACUCUUCCUUGAGAAUAUUGUAACUUGAGCUUUUGUAAUGAGCCCGAAACAUCGUAUGUUUAGCGUGGAGUGAAGAAAUAAAUGCCGUAAAUGUUAGGAAGAAAUAAACUUGUAACGUUACGUGGAAGAACGUGUCAUAUAGUUUCUAAUCAUGCGAUAUAAUUACGGGGCUUAGAAGGGGCAUUGUCUAUCGGGAUAUACUUAUACAAUAAACUACAUGCCUCGCGCCUAAUCUGGACCAUUUACAGCCUUUUUAAUUAAACUCUCUAAUAGUAUUGAAUUAUUACAUUAUUACAGUAAUAUGUACACGUACAGCUAGACAUCCUCUUGUAAGCACAAUAAAGACAUCUAGUCCUAUAGAUAA